UCUCUGCUGGUAUCACUGCACCGAGAUCAAUCUUAACCUCCAAAACGUCAAUUGUAAAACUUGAUUUAUUGAAAAAUAUUCGACUUGAUUUUUGAUAAUAAUGUCGAAACCUAAUUUAAAAUCCGUAAUCGAAUUAAAGAGAGAAGUUGCGCGUAUGGAAGAAGUCGCCAAUUUGCUCCGAAUGGAAAACUUUGAAUAUGCCCUCAAGAUCAAUCGAAUGGAAAAUAUCAUUGGAAAUAUGCAAGCCGUCACUAAGGACCAUCCUGCAAAACUUGUAGAACUCUCUGAUUGUUUAUUCAAAAUUAUUCAUACAUGUAAUGAAGUGAAUCCACCGGCUACAGUUUCGGGGGCCCGAGAUGCUCCUAAUGACCAGACCCAAAUUUCCAUCAAGGCCACUCCCGCUUCACCAGCGACAAAAUCAAGCAAAGCCCAUGUGGUUAAACCCCAUAUGGUAAAUGGACACAUACUAUACAUUCCCACCAUAAAUCUCACCCGAUUAAGUGAAAAUAAUUCAUUGCAGAAGGAAAAUAACAACUCCUUGGGGGAAGAUUCGUCAUUAAGGGGGCCAGCAGCACAGUCGACUUCGGCUGAAAUGAUUGAGACUGAAAAUAACUCAACUCGUGAGUUCCAUAGCGGCAGCCAGAGUUCACAUUUGGAGGAUAUUUCUGAAGCGUCCACGUCAAAAUCGCCUUCGCAUUCAACUGUUCUUUCAGGGACUUUUCAAGAGGUGAAAAUUUACCUUAACCAAGUGAGCCAAGAAAGUAUUAACGAAGAUUCAAGAAAAUCUAUUUCCCCAAAACGACGAUCCCAUCGACACAAGUCUGCUGCAGUAUCGAGCUCUGUCACUAAAAGAAAAUACAAGCGAAGAUAAAUUUGUUACUGCAAUUGUUAAGUAUAUGGAUUAAUUUAUUUAUCACAUUUUUCUUACAUGUAUCUGGUUUCUGUUACUCGAAUAUAAUCUCUUUGGUCCCUAAUAAAGUGAUAGGUAAAUAAUACUGAUUUCCUAAGUAAAAUAUUGUAAAUGCUAGGUAAAAUAAUCUAAAUGCUUGGUAGUAGUGCUAUGUAAGAAAAUACUAUUUGUUAAGAGUAAAAAAAAUUGGAACCAAUUUUUAUCUUUUAGAGCAUUUUUUGGGUCAAUCUAGCGAACUCUCAACCGAUUUUUCACUUAAAAUCAUUCACAAGAAUAUUAUUUAUUGUGGGUAUUUAUUUAUUCAUGUAUUCGUGUAUUACUGAACAUCAUUUAUUAUUUUACUGAAUAAUUGCAUCAUUUUGUUGUCCUGUUUUUUAUUUUGUUAAUGAGGAUCUAUUAUUUAACUACUUCUACUGAACACUGUUUUUACUGAAUAAAAAUAUUUGACGUACAGUACA